GACUCGCCUCAUCUUGCCUAUCUGGACCUCAGUUUGAACAAACUCUCAGGCCCAAUCCCGUUACGCGUUGGUGCUCUUGCCGAGCUCAGGUUCUUGGGUCUAUCCUUCAAUGGCCUAAACGGGUCGAUACUACCAUUCAUAGGUAAUUGCACAAUGCCAACCUCCACUAUCUAUCAUACAAUUCACACCUGUAAGGAUACAUCCCUUCUACAAUUGCCUUACUAGACGAUUUAAAGAUGCUCAUCGUGAGUUGCAACAGCUUUAAUAAACUCAAUAGUCAAAUCCAUAUUAAAUUGUGUAGACAUUAAGUUCAACAACAUAUUUAGUUGUAUUGUCUUGCUGCAUGAUUUAAAUAUGAUCAGUUUUGCAGGCUUGCCUCAUCUUGACUAUCUUGACCUCUGUGACAACAAUCUCUCAGGCCGAAUCCCUUCAAAUAUUGGUGCUCAUGCUAACCUCUUGUUUAUCAAUCUUUCCAAUAAUCGCUUACACGGGUUCAUCCCACCAUCCAUUUGUAAUCUUACAAAACUAAUCUCCCUCGAUCUCUCCUACAAUUUGUUGUCUAAUGGAUUCCCGACUUGUGACAACCUAGCAAAGCUCUAUUUAAACCACAACAAAUUAACUGGCCCAAUACCUCCUAGUUUGUUAAAUCUGGCGAGUUUAAAAGUGUUGGAUAUAUCUAACAAUAAAAUCAUGGGUUCUAUUCCUAAAGGCAUUGGAAAUCUAACAAGUUUGGAAUGGUUGGAUAUAUCUAGCAACCAAAUCAUGGGUUCUAUUCCUAAAAGCAUAGGAAAUCUAACAAGUUUAGAACGGUUGGAUAUAUCUAGCAACCAGAUCAUGGGUUCUAUUCCUAACAGCAUGGGAAAUCUAAGAAGUUUAAAAUUCUUGAAUCUUUCUAACAAUCAAAUGAGUGGUCCUAUCCCUUCGACCUUCUCAAAAUUGAUCUCUGUAAACAUAAUUUCAAUAAAAUCCAAUCAGCUGAAUGGCAUAUUGCCACCGGAGUUAGGAUUACUUGUUCUUCUCUCAUAUCUGGAUCUAAGUACCAAUCAACUUGUAGGAGGCAUUCCACCUGAGAUAGGACAAUGUCACUCUUUAUCGUCGUUACUCGUAUCAGACAACUUGUUGACAGGACGGAUACCACAAGAACUUGGGUAUCUUUCCGAACUAUAUGAGCUUGAUUUGAGUAAAAACAAUUUAAGUGGUGCCAUCCCAGUGACUUUUUCUGAUCUUUACCAUUUGCUUAAGCUGAAUUUAUCAUAUAACAGUUUGGCUGGCAGAGUUCCAUAUCUUGCUGCAGGCGUGAUCUCACUUGACCGUAAUAUAGAGAUUCAAAUGACUUACCUCCAUGUGAAACACACCAAAGCAGAAAACAUCAAAGUAUGAUAAUUCUUGCUUUUCUCGCACCAUUUUCUUUCGCUUGCCUCUCAAUAGCAAUCAUCACGGUGGUCUGUCGGAGAAGAAAGUAUGUAAAAAGCACAAGAAAAAGCAAGUCUGGUGAUAUAUUGUCUAUA